AUGUCAAAAAAUCAGCAUCCUUAUCUAAAAUCAAAUCAAUUUCAAAAAAUUUAUCAGUCUUGGGUAUCAAGUCUAUUACAAUUAGGACGUAAACGACCACUUGAAAUUGAUGAUGUAUUUGAUAUUUUACCUGAUGAUCAAAGUCAACCUUGGAUUGAUCGUCUUGAAAAAACAUGGGAAAAUGAAAUAGCACUUGCUAAGAAAUCUGACAAGAAAAAAUAUAAACCAUCAUUAUUUCGUGCAACUUGGAAAGUCUACAGAAAUCGAUAUUGUAUUAUGGGCUUAUUUCUGUUGGUUCAUACCAUAUGUCGUUUUAUUCAACCAUUUAUAUUAGCACGUUUUAUUCGAUAUUUUGCACCAUGUUCAAAUAUAUCAUUAACUGAAGCAAUAAUAUUAGCUACAUUAACAAGUAUCAUUCCUUGGAUUAUGUUUGUAACUCGUCAUUUAGCAUUUAUUAGAUCUUAUAUUGGUGGUAUGCAUCUUCGAUGUGCAUAUUGUGGACUUAUAUUUCGUAAGAUUAUGAGAUUAUCCAUAGGAUCAUUAGGACAACAUUCAAGCGGAAAAAUUGUGAAUAUGUUAACAAAUGAUGUUCAAACAGUUGAACGUUUAACUAUUGAUGGUCAUUUUCUUUGGAUUGGUUUACUUGAAACAAUUGUUGUACUAAUUAUUCUUUGGUCUUAUGUUGGUAUUACAAUUUUAUUAGCUAUUAUUUAUACAUGUUUUAUUAUUAUUUUACAAAUUAUUUGUGGAAAAUGUAUUCAAUUAAUAUGGACAAAACGUGUUCGAAAAACAGAUUUACGUAUUAAAUUAAUGAAUGAAAUUAUUAAAUCAAUACAUCUUGUAAAGAUGUAUGUAUGGGAAAGACCAUUUCAAUUUAAAGUUGAACGUGUAAGAAAACAAGAAACAACAUAUAUUAUUUUACAAUCACUUGUAGAUACAAUAAAAAUUGUUAAUGGACUUACAUAUCCAUCAACAUUUUUUUUAAUUAUUUUUGGUAUUCUUUGGUAUCGAAGAGCACCUUUUGAUACUGACUUUUUUACAAUAGCAUUUGUUUUAAUUUCCUAUCUUCGUCAUACAUAUUUACAUAAUUUUUCUAAUGCUUGUAUACAUCUAUCUCAAUAUUGGGUAGCAUCAAAUCGUAUUGAAAAAUUUUUAAUAUGUGAUGAAUAUGAUCGAUCGAAUGCAAUUACUUAUGAGAAUGAAAAAACUGAUAGAACAUAUAUUCAUAUUCAACAAGUUUCAUCAAGUUGGGAGCAAAACUCAUCAUUUAGAUUAAGAAAUAUUUCAUUUUCUGCUUAUGUUAGUGAUCUUAUUAUGAUUAUUGGUUCGAUUGCAUCGGGAAAAAGUUCAUUAUUAAUGACAUUACUUGGUGAAAUGCCAAUAAAAAAUGGAAAAAUUUCUUUUAGUCGAAAAUCACAACCAUGGAUAUUUUCGGGUACAAUUAGAGAAAAUAUUCUAUUUGGUCUUGAUUAUGAUGUAAAAAAAUUUUAUCGAUGUAUUCAUGCAACAGCAUUGAAUAUUGAUUUAGAAAAUUUACCAUAUGGUGAUUCAACUAUAGUUGGAGAUAAUGGAAUUAUUUUAUCAGGUGGACAAAAAGCUCGAUUAUCAUUAGCACGAGCACUUUAUCGUGAUGAUGAUAUUUAUUUACUUGAUGAUCCAUUAUCAGCUGUUGAUGUUGAAGUUGCUCGACAUAUUUUUGAAAAAUGUAUUCUUGGAAAAUUACAUUCAAAAAUUUGUAUUUUAGUAACACAUCAAAUUCAAUUUCUUAAAUAUGCAACAAAAAUUAUAUUUCUUGAUAAAGGUGUUCAAAUAGCUACUGGAACUUUUAUGGAAUUAUUACAAUCAUGUCCAGCAUUCAUACAAUGGACAGAAACAACAACUCGUAAAUUACGUGUAGAUUCGUCGUCGGCAAAUACUUCAUCUAGUCAAUUAAAUCUAUCUUCUGUACCAGAAUAUCUAACACAAUUUUCAUUAUUACCAACGGAUGCAGGAUAUGAUGAAGAAGAUAAUUUAUUAAUACCAUCAAUUGAUAAGCCUAUACAAAAAGAAAUCAUUGAAUCAAAACGAAUUGGUUCUAUUAAUAUAAAUAUAUUUCUACGUUAUAUACGAGCUGGUGGUUGUGGAAUAUUUGGUUUAUUAUGUCUUUUUAUUAUGUUUGCUGUAACAAGUGUAGUUGUUUUACUUGCUCAUUGGUGGCUUGGUCGUUGGUCUAAUGCCGAAGGUAUUCGUUAUAGAUCAAUAAAUACAACGAAUAAUUGUUCAUCAAUGAAAAUAUCACCGAUUACUAAUAUGUCAAAUGAAGAAUGGUUUAAACAAAGAGAUAAAUAUUUUUAUAUUUUAUUUGGAUUAUGUUUAUUAAGUAUUAUAUUAUUAUUUAUACGAACUCUGGCUUAUUUUCUUUCAUGUCAUAUAACAGCUCGAUCACUUCAUAAUCAAAUGUUUAAUUCAUUACUUCGUGCACCAGUAUUUUUCUUUGAUUCAAAUCCUAUUGGUCGUGUUGUUAAUCGUUUUUCAAAAGAUAUUUCAUCUAUUGAUGAACAAUUAACUGAUGUUACAUAUCAUUUUGUUGAUGCAUUUUUUGCUAUAAUUUCAACAAUUAUAUUUAUUGCAUCUGUACAACCAUUAUCACUUAUUCCAAUGGCAUUAGUUGGAUUUGUUAUGGCACGAGUACGUCGACUUUUUGCACCAGCUAUACAAGAUAUUAAACGACUUGAAAGUUUAACUCGAUCACCAAUUUAUUCUCAUUUAUCAUCAUCAAUACAAGGUGUAAUUAUGAUUCGUUCUUAUGGAGCACAACAAAUAUGUAUACAAGAAUUUUCUCAUUGUCUUGAUGAACAUACACGAGUAUAUAGUAUUAUGCUUGCCAUGACUCGUUGGUCAGCUUUGAGAAUAGAAAGUGUUGUAGCAGCUUUUAUUGGUUUUCUAGUUUUUUCAAUUUUACUUACAUAUCAAAGUUUACCUAUUUCUGAUAUAAGUUUAAUUUUGGCUUAUUCAUUUACAUUAGUUGGUGCUAUUCAAUGGGUUAUUCGAUUGACUGUUGAUGUUAUGAUGCAGAUGACAAGUGCUGAACGUGUUAUUGAAUAUAUUGAUUUACAACCUGAAGAAUCAUCAAAUAUUAAAAAUUUAAAAAUUUUACCAUCUCAUUGGCCAAUAGGUGGUAUUAUUUUUGAUAAUCUUUCAUUUCGUUAUUCAUCAACAAGUCCAUGGAUACUUAAAAAUUUAAAUAUUUCGAUUGAACCAAAACAAAAAAUUGGUAUUGUUGGUCGAACAGGUGCUGGAAAAAGUUCACUUAUUGGAUCAUUAUUUCGUAUGGCUGAAUUAGAUGGUCGAAUAUUAAUUGAUAAUAUUGAUACACAACAAAUUUUAUUAUAUGAUCUUCGACGACAUAUUUCAAUUAUACCACAAGAUCCUGUUUUAUUCAAUGAUACACUUCGAAUUAAUCUUGAUCCAUUUGGUGAAUAUUCUGAUAUUGAAAUUUGGAAUGCACUUGAUGAAGUACAAUUAAAAUCUGAUAUGAUUGAUGAUUUACAACAACAAGUAACUGAAGGUGGAUCAAAUUUUAGUGUUGGUCAACGACAAUUAAUUUGUUUAGCACGAGCACUUCUUAGAAAAAAUAAAAUACUUGUUAUUGAUGAAGCUACAGCAAAUGUUGAUCAUAGAACUGAUGAACUUAUUCAAUUAGCUAUUCGACGUAAAUUUAUUGAUUGUACUGUAUUAACAAUUGCUCAUAGAUUACGAACAAUCAUUGAUAGUGAUAAAAUUUUGGUUUUAUCUCAUGGUCAAGUUAUGGAAUUUGCAAGUCCUUAUGAAUUGUUAAGUGAUGAACAAUCAUAUUUUGCACAACUAGUCUCUCAAACUGGUGAUCGUGAAACUUCACAUUUAAUUCAACAAGCUAAAAUGGCUGCAAUGGCUCGUCAUUCACAAUAA